CUCUAUUUGUAAAUUGAUUAUACUAUUGUGCAUUAUAUUUAUAACUUUCAAAUGUCUUCAUUUUUGCCUCAAAACAACUCCACUCAACAAUCUCUGCCCGAUGUCUUGAUAAAUGGUGAUACAACAACAGUUGUGGUUGAGCAGCUUAUUAUAGCUAUUGGACUCACCAUUCAAGUAUGCAACACUAUUUAUGGUUUACGUCAUGCUAUUUCCAUGAAAACCGGAUUCAAUGUGGUGCUGGCAUUCUCAAUGAUUAUUUAUUCAAUAGCAUAUAUUCCCUUGAUGCUUGACUCGGGUCUUACGUCAACUUCUGACUCCCUACUUAGUUUCACAGACAACGAAAUCUCGAUAAGAUUAAACACGAUCGUAACUCUGACUGUGACUCAUAAUGUCUUGUAUGUAACUGCCACGUUUAUCUAUUUGCUGUUGGUGCAACUAAGAUUCCGUGUAAUCAAAAACAUCAUCUCUUAUCCUGCCGUAUGGGAUACCUUCUUUAUCGUCCUUACUUGCUUAGUAUGGGUAUGCGCUGCGGUUGUAGUGGGAAUUUUAGGUCCAGCCAUCUGGCCAUCAAUGAUUAGUAUGCAAGUUCAUAUGAUAGGUCUGAUCAUCUGGUCUGUUUAUGCGCUCUUUAUCGAUACCGUCCUUUCGUUUACUUUUGCCAUCAAAAUGUUCUCUGCACGCCAACGCAUUACCAAUUUGAUGAAAUCGACCCAAAUUAAAAGAGAGAUUCAGACUCAAAAAACAACGCAAAACGUAAUGAUCGCUUUGUGUGUAUUGUGCACUGUGGCUUGGAUCUCGUUUAUCAUUGCUGCUGUUGGUGCUAUAUUCUACUAUCAUAUUCCUGCUCGUCGCAAGAUCUUUUAUUGUGUUGGAUUUUCUCUAUCUUCACUCGAAUUUAGUGGUGCCUUGGUCUUUAUCUACUCUGUUAAAAACCUUUUUCAAAAUCAAUCUACAACGUCUUUUUCUGAUGCUCGCAAAGCCAGUCUUACUUCAAGUAUUGCGGAAAGCAAAGUGUUGGAGUUGCAGAAACCAUAUAUCCAGUCGCGCUCAUCAACCAACUCGGAAUCUGCAAGUAGUUCCAAUACUAUCUCAACUCAACUCAAUGCACACCAUUCAAUCACACAAACAUGCAUAUCUUCCAGAACUUCGUCCAUUUGUACUUCUGAUCCUUUACUUGCUCUUAUUGAUGAGCAAUCUAAACAAUCGAUGUAUAAUGCUGAACCCAGCGUGUUGUCGUACUCAUCAAAACGGUGCACUCAUUCCUCAAAUUCAUGCUCUCAAUGCUCAACUUCGCCUCAUACUUGCUCUCAUUUGAUUUCCGUUUCGCCUUGUGCUUUAACUGCUCCUCCUAUGACAAUACUAUCACAUCAUUGCUCACACGUUUGUCACCACCUUUGUACUUUAAACCCACCUCAAUUUUUUGUAUCUUCAAACCCAAAUAGCCAUAGUUCGAUUGUAAAUCUGUUUUAAUGGACUGCCUUGUAACUACUUACUGCUUCUAUUCGAGCACCACAUCUUUUUUAAAUAUAUAUUAUACAACU